AUGCCAGCAGCACGAUUCGUUCCUCUCCUCAGAACCCGGGUGGCUGUACAAACUGUACCUGGAUUCCAGGCAAUUCGCCCCAUUUCAGCUACAGCCCCAUGCAAUAAGGGACCUGUCGAUGCGACAAAAGACACACUGAAGAAAGCCGAUCGGGCGGUUUCUGAUAUAGCAGUAAAGGGCAUCAAUACAGGCGAGAAAGCCGCCCACAAGGUUAAGGAUGCCGUUGGUGCCGGGGCCAAGCAAGCAAAGGAAAGGGGGGGAGAGGUGAAGGGCGAGGCAUCUGAGUAUGCAGGCAAGGGCAAGGGCAAGGCAGAAGAAGUAAUGAACGAGGCUAAGGAAAAGGCAAAGUAG